AAAUGCGAAAAGCCUGAGAAACUGUCACAUGCCAGGAAAGACUAAGGGGACGUGGUGGCCAAUGCGAUACGGCACCUUGAGCUGGAUCCUGGGAAAGAGAAAGAUCAUCAAUGCAAAAACUGUGGCAGGAAGUUGGAGGCAACCUAGGUGUCCAUCUCUAGAAGACUGCAUUCCAAACGGAUGCACCAGUGGAAUUCUAUGCAACAGGAAGAAGAGGGAGAAAAUAAAGAGAUGCCAACUGCGUGAGGAGGGGGCUCACCUUCCUGUCCCCAGGCUGGAAGAGAAAGAGUCGCCAUUUCGAAGGGCAGGGCUUGACAUGUCUCAGGCACCAUCCUGCCUCGGCAGUGGGACCCCUACCCUAGGCUGCCGUCUGGGGGCCCUGUACCGGGCUUGUGUCCACAAUGACUCUGCCCAGCUCCAAGCCGUGCUGGAUGGUGGGGUCUCCCCAGAGGAGGCCACCCAGGUGGACAGCAAUGGGAGGCAGGACAAAGAAGGGGACACAGCCCUCAUGCUGGCUGCCCAGGCAGGCCAUGUGCCUCUGGUGAGCCUCCUACUCAACUAUUACUCAGGCCUGGACCUGGAGCGCCGGGACCAGCGGGGGCUAACAGCACUGAUGAAGGCUGCCAUGCGGGACCAUUCCGAAUGCGUGGCUGCCCUCCUCAUGGCAGGUGCUGACCUGACAGCGGUGGAUCCUGUUCGGGGUAAGACGGCCCUGGAGUGGGCAGUGCUGACUGACAGCUUCAAUGCUGUGCAAAGGAUCUGGCAGCUGCUGCGGCGGCCCCGAGUGGAGCAGCUCAGCGAGCAUUUCCAGCCUGAGUGGCCAGCCCUGCCCGGGCUUGUGGCCCAGGCCCAAGCUGCCCCAUCUCUCCUAAACCGGCUGCAAGCCCAUUUGAGCCUGCCCUUUGCCCAGUCUCCUCAGGAGGGGGGUGUCCUGGACCACCUUGUGACUGUCAUGACCAGUCUGGCCAGUCCCUUCCUCACCACUGCCUGCCACACCGUGUGCCCUGACCGCCCGCCUGAACUGGGCACCCGAAGCAAGUCUGUGCCAGAGCUGCUAGGCACUGCCCCUCCCCCACCCCCAGCCCCCCAAUCUCCUCAGAUAGUCCCUGGCCCCCAGUUCUUCAUCCCUUACCAGGGCCCUCAGGGCAUGUUGAGUAUGUGCCCUCAGUGGCUACAGCCUAGGGAUGGUGCCAGCUCCAAGCCCCAAGCUCCCAAGAUCCUCCUCUCCAAGGCACCCUCAUCUUCCAGCCAGCGCCAGCUGAAGCCCAGGCCUGCAGGGCACCAAAGCCUGGCCCUUCCUGUCUGGAGAUACCAGGAGCUCAGAAUGAUGAGGAGGCAGCAGGAGGAGGAGGCCAGGUGGGCACAGAGCCAGGGGAAGAUGGGCUAGGCUGGCCUGGGAGCAGCUCAUCAGGCCCCUCCUUUAGGCUCCGUUGUCCUCUAGAGCCCCUUUUGCCUUCACAUCCACCUUUGUCUAAGUGACUCUACUCUCAGCCUAUGUGCAAGGUGAUUCAUACAGCAUUGUUUGCAACAGUGUAAGAGUGGAAACAACCCAAGUGUCCAUCGAUAGGGGACUAGCCAAAUUGAUUAUGGGUGUAGUCACUGUACACCCAUAUGAAAUAUUCUAUACAGUGGUAAAUAAGACAAGAGCAAGGAAGCUCUUUAUGUUAUGAAACUGAUCUUCAAGACGUAUUAAUGAGCAUAGCCAAGGGGUAGAACAGUAUGUGUGGCAUGCUACUGCUUGUCAAAGUAAAAUUUCCACCAAGAUAAACUUGACUAAUACAGACAUAGAGUGAGAACCAAGAUUUAUUUAACUACUUAAUGAGUGGUCAAGGAAGGAUGGAUCAGAGGAAGAAAUGAAAACCAUUGUUGACAGUCAGUGGAAAUAAGAACGCUUGAAUAAGGUAACAAAGUUAGAUACAAAAAAGGUUCAUUCCUACCCAGCAAUAAAACCAUAACUGUUUUUUUUCUACCAGACAAAAAUAAUUUGCUAUUUACCAAUCUUCUACAGGUUAACCUCUUAAUUUCAUAAUGUUUGGGCCCUUAUCAAUAAUAAAUAGUAUGUCAAACAAAGUUAUUUCCCUUAGAUGACCCAUAGGUGGGGUUAUUAGCCAAUGAUCUAAAAUAUCUUUGAAAGGGCACUUAGUCAUUUUUUGUGUGUGCCUUAUUUACAAGUUUUGAAUAUUUCUUAACACAUUGGUUGCAUAAAUACAUUUGCCUACUUAUUCAUAACAAUAAAAGCAGCUACUUAUAAGGUGCUUACUGUAUACAUUCAUAUGUUUGAUAUUCCCAAUAAUCCAAUGAGGAUUUUAUCUUUGAGGACACAGGGCACACAGGGCACAGAGAGGGUAACGAAUUGCUUAGUGUCACACAGCUAGAAACUGGCAGAGAUCAAGAUUGAGAGUCACCAUCCAAUUGUGGAGGCCAGAUUUUUAACACUAAAGCAUGCUGUCUUAGUGGAACCACUGUGAAAAGAAACAUGGCAUUUUUCUUGGGAAGGAGACUGAGCAGCUGACCAAGGCUGGAAGGGAGCUUUUCCACUGAAAAUCUUUUUGAAACUUUUGACUCUUAAAAAUAAAUUGUAUAUUUUAGAACAGUUUUAGAUUUACAGAAAAGUUGUAAAGAUCAUGCCAAGAGUUCCCAUAUACCCCAUACCCAGUAUCCUCUUAUUAACAUGAGUAGAGUACAUUGUGUUACAAUUAACAAACCAAUAUUAACACAUUAUUAUUAAU